CACAGGUUAAAGUCACCUGCCAGAGAACUGAGGCAGCCAGCCCUGAUCCACUCAGAGCUGGCCAGUCACUGCUUGGCAAUUAUUAAUCCUAGAUUUUUUUUGCAUUCCUGGGUGCCAGGAAAGAUGACCCACCGCACCGAAGGAAGCGGGGUUCAGCCGUCAGAAAUGCCUCUGGCUGGCCGGCUGGCCCUGUCCGCUGCCGCCUUGCUCUUGCUGAUACUGGCAUACCGGUAUUACAAGUCUCGGCUGUCCCCUGGCAGCACCCUUGCCCGUGCUGCUGAUGCCAGCGCCGGGGCAGAGCAAAGAGACCGGCGGGUUGGCAGCAGGAUGGAAAACAACGAAGCGGCGCUGGGGCUGCGGCACAGAGGUGACCAGAGCAGGGAGCCGAAGCCGUGCCACCGAGGGACCAAUCAGCUGCCGCAGGUGGGUAGAUGUGGAGGGGCUGAAGAGCGUGAGCAGGCUGGGAUACCUGCUGGCAGAGAGCUGCAUGACAUGAGAGCAACAGAGGCAGAAGAGAAACCAGGCAGAGGGAGAGCGGGCCAUCCGGAAACUGGGUUGCAAGGGGAGGAACGAGGUUGGAUGUCGGAAGACAAGACUGAGGAAAUGCUCUGUGCCAUCCAGAGCAGCGGUAGCAGUGAAAUUGAGACAGAUCCAGGCAAUUCAGGAAGUGAUCCCAGAGCUCUAGAUCUACUCAGCCAAGAGAGCAAAUCCUGCAGUUCCCACGGCAACCAGAUGCGGCCUGGCUGGGAUGCCGAUCCUGUCGAGGCUGAAUCUGGCUGUGCUGAGCCAGUGGGGGGAGGCGUCCAUCCCACAGAUGGGAGAGAAAUCGGUUUGAAAGGAGGACCAGGACCACAACUGGGAGAAGACACGGGGCAAGUUGAGGAGAGCCAGUUUGGACAGAAGAGGACCCAGUCCUUCCAUGCCACCAGUAAUGGCUUGGCAAUCGACCAGAGCCACAUGCAAUCUCACGUAGCCUAUGCCUUCUCCUCUGUGGCCAGAGUUCAGGUGGAGGAGAACUUCAUCACAGAGAGGAACCCCAAGGAGCAAAACUCCGGGAAAGCUGAGCAAUCUCAAGACGCCCACCUGAGGGGUAAAGUCUACAACUACUAUGUUCAGUCUACUUCCCAAUCAGUCGUGCAUAAAAACACCAACCUGGGUCCCGAACAAUCCUGCAGUCUCUCUACUGUCAACAUGCUUAAUGUUUCCAAGGACGGUUUGGCUGAGGAAUCUGCCCACUCUUCAGUGGCAGAAAAUGAAGCUGACCAGCUUAUUUUGGAGAAGAUUCCAGAUACAUCUUCUAAUGUUCUGCUUAGUCCUGCCGAAGCCAUCCAGCCUGAGGACCAAAGAGAGGCUGUUGCUGUUGAAGAAGCCAUCUCCUGCAAACCUUCGGUGGCCAGAUACAGCCUGAGCCGGAAAGAGAGCUUCCACAAAAUCAUAGAUAAUCCAGAGUUCCAGGUGCCAAUGGAUGGUUUUGGUUCUCCAGCAAUAGGACCCUCCAGUGGUGACACCCUGUCUCCUGCUCUUCCUCACUCUGACUCUACUUCAUCUCUGGUGAGAUCCAUGCAGAAUCUCCAGAGCAGCAGAACAGAAAGGCCGGUGGUGGACCUUGUGGCUGGUGCUAGGUUUUUCCACAUCCCACCGAGCCCAGAACCCUCCCUGGGUGUACAGUUGGAUCUGGGGAACUGCUGUGAGGUCUUGCGCAUGGCCAAGAAGCAGAAUCUGAAGGAUCUGCAAGAGGCAGUGUAUAAGGUGAUGAGUGACAAUUAUCUCCAGGUGCUCAAGAUCCAGGCCAUCUACCGCCAACUCAACGCUGCAGAGAGGGACUUGAUCCUGCAGAAGAGGAUGCGGGGCAAGAAAUACAUGACUGUGGCAGAUAUCAAUUCCCAUACAAGCCGAGUCUGUUACUAUGACGAUCAGAAGGACGCUUGGUAUCCAUUAACCCAGAUCCCUGCUGAAACCAUCUCCAGGGGUUGUGCCAUCUGCAGCAUGUUCAACUACUACUUUGUAGUGUCUGGCUGCGAAGGGCGUGGAAGGCAUCAGAAGCCAUCCAAGCGUGUCUUCUGCUACAAUCCCUUGACCAACAUCUGGCAGGAGAUCUGUCCACUCAACCAAGCCAGGCCCCACUGUAAGUUGGUUGCCCUAGACGGUUGUCUCUAUGCCAUUGGCGGCGAAUGCCUCUGUACAGUGGAACGAUACGACCCACGCCUGGAUCGUUGGACGUUUGCUGCUCCUCUGCCCAACGACACCUUUGCCGUGGCCCACAUGGCCACCGUCUGCAACGGAGAGAUCUGUGUCACGGGGGGCACUCUGAGAUACAUGCUGCUGAGGUAUGUCGGGCGGACGGACACCUGGAAAGUCAGUUUUGCUGGAGGAAGUCGGGACAGGACAACUGAGAUGGUGACGGCUGGCGGCUUCAUCUACCGCUUUGACCUCAACCAGAGGAUGGGCAUCAGUGUAUAUCGCUGCAGCGCCAAGGCCAGGCUGUGGUAUGAGUGCGCCACCCACCCGAUGCCUUUCCCACCUGGCUUCCAGUGUGCCGUCGUCGGAAAUCUGGUCUACUGCAUCAGCCGGCAGUUCAACAUCUGCUUUCUGGCUGACUUGGUGUCGCCACGGUUUGGGGCCAAAGAGCUGAAAAAUUUCCCGUCUCCAAGAGGAACUCUGAUCCCAGUCACUCUCACGCUGCCAGAGGGGGACGCAGCAUCCCAGACAAGGGUUUGAGUGGCCUGUACAAGCUGCCCUUCAGAGUGACGAGGCAAACCUGUUUCUUCUCCACAGCCUCACCAAGGA